CGGAUACUCUCACUCCCUUUACCGAUGCCGAUGAGCUCAUGACAGACAUGGAUGUUGUCAGUGUACUGCUUCCAAGCUGAAGCUAGAAACUCUUUGGAAGACAAAAGCUAAGGAAGCGACGCCGGAUUUUGGAAUUGGAAUUUUAUCCAGUUACUGUGACAUUUGUUGGAAACCAACCUGUUGUUGAGAGUAAGGAUGUGGACCAGAGCUUUCAUUUUUCUGAUUGCAUCUAUUUACUUCAUUCAGGUUAUUUCUGGAGAGAUCUACGUGUCCGAGCUGACGGUGGAAAGUAACGUCACGCUGGAAGCCAGCACCAUCCUGUCAAGCUGGAGUAACGGUUUACAGCUUCAAGUCACAGAUCAAUCUGGCCAGACUCAGACAGUGACACUAGAAAGCAGAGAAGUUACUGCAGAAUGCGUGGUAAUUGGCGACGAGUACAAUUGCAGCUGCUCUGGUGGAUACGUGUGGAGCAAUGAAGCGUGCUACAACUUUGGCUGCUGCAACGACUCUGCUUGCCUAAAAAAUGUGUCUCUUGUGGCGCCGCUCUGCAUUCCUCCAGUCAAUGUUAGCAUCAAUGGAACAGCAGUUCUGAGUACUGCAGUGACUGCAGCCCAGAAGACUCAGAUCCAAACUGAAUUGGAAAAACUCAAUGGUGUGAUAAGCGUAACUGUACUUACUCCAAGGUCUUCUCCUACAAUAAGCAACAACAUUAUUGAUUUUGUGGCAAAUGCUAGUGUCCGGUUUAAUACCACUAAACUUCAAGAGAUUGUGACUAAUCUGAAAGCUGUGCUGGUAGCUGAAUAUACUUUUGUCGACACUCAUGGGAUGGUCACCAUUGGUGCCCCGAAUAAAACCGUGGAUUACAAGUCACAACAAAACCUGAGGUGUGAUUUUGAUGAGAGCACGGACUUCGCUGGCUGGAACCUGAGCAGAACCAACGAGCGCUUUGAGCUCAACAAUGGCAGACAGCUUACCGUAUCGUCGUGUAUCUCAACAGAUUACCCAUCUUGUGUCAAUGUUACACUCAACGAAGUGACAGGCAUCUUGGCAGGCAAGUGA